UUCCCUGUGUCACGGCUCCCGUCUCCUAGCAACGGCACCGAGUCCGGCCGGCAGCCGCGCACCGCCCGCAGCGGCGGUAGAGGCAGCGGCUCCGCCGGGCCGGCGGGUCCGGCAGCCGCGGCGGGCGGCCCCGCGGCGGGAAGGAUGCGGUAUGGCGAGGGGGCAGCGCUCCCGCGGACCUCCCUGAGGCGGCCGGCGGCGGCGGGGCCGAGGGGGCGCCCGGCGCUCGGCCCAGCCCCGCCGCCCGCCCGCCUGGAGCCGUGAGGAGCGGCGAGGCGGCGACGGGGCGGGCGUCGCGCGGGGAUGUCUGCUCGGGCCGGAAAGUUUCUUCUCCGCGGUGGCUCCGCCGCUUCCAGCGCCGACUUCUCCCCGGUCUUCCUCGGAGCUGGAGUGGUGCCCUGGGUAGCCAACCAUGAUUGCUACUGGAGGCCUCCUGAGGAUCUCGGCUAGGAAACAGGACCCCUUGCGACCCCAAAGCCAAGUCCCCAAACGCAAACGUAAGGCCAAAAAGAAGCGCAAGAACGACGUGGUAGUGGUGAAGGGCAAGCUCAAGCUGUGCUCCCUCUCGGGGCUCAUCGCCCUCUGCGGUAUCCUGGUGCUGCUGGUGGGCAUCACCUUGGCUGUGGUGGGCUACUGGCCUAAGCCCAGCCAGGUGUACAGAGAAGGCAGCUUCAGUGGGGGCAGACACCUGGUGCCACAUGGGGGCACUCCCAAGAACCACUCCUGGAGCCAGGCUGGAGCACAAGCAGGUUCCCACCCAGAAACACCCCCCAGAGCCAACUCCUCCACUACUGCCACCAUCCGGGGGUCCCGACAGUCCCCCCCCACUUCCUCAUCCCCCCAGGCCUCAGUGGGUUUCCUCUUCCGGCUCUUCUCAGGCUACUUGCACUCAGACAAGCUGAAAGUGCUUGGCCCCCUCAUCAUGGGCAUCGGUAUCUUCCUCUUCAUCUGCGCCAAUGCAGUGUUACACGAGAACCGUGACAAGAAGACCAAGAUCAUCAACCUGCGUGACCUCUACUCCACAGUCAUCGAUGCCCACAGCCUGCGGGCCAAGGAUGGAGGCACCCCGGCCUCAGCCCCUCUCAACGGCUUUGUCAACUACAUGCAGGCCCGGAGCCUGGAGCUCAAGCCUGGCAGUGAAGGCCUGGGUGCUGCAGCCAUGCUGGCCAAGAGCUCCUGGCCACCAGGGCUGGGUGUCUCCCUCUCCCCACCUGACCUGGCAUCUUCGCCACGCCGCUCCUCCUUCUGCACCCCGCCGCAACCACCCAGCCUGGCUGAGGCUGUGUACAGCAUCUACCGGGAGCGUGCUGCUCUUUCUGGCCGCCCCUUCGCUAGCCCGCCCUGCAGCCCGACAGAAUGCUGGGACAGGCGCAGCACGGCCAGCUCCAUCGUGGGCUCCUCGCUGAGCACCUUCACCCUCCUGCCCUUAACGCAGGGUGGUGGAGGGGGAGGCUGGCGGAGGCCCCCUGGUGAGCGAGGAGCCCAGGAGAUCCCACGGGGGGAAUUUGAACUGAGCCUGACUGACCUCAGCAGCAGCCACGUGGAGGGAGGCCAUGGGACAAGAAGGCACAAGCUGGUCCUAAGGCGGCAGAGCACCAGCUGCUUGCCUGAUGCCAGGGGCCCUCUUUCCCUCGAACCCCCUCAGUCCCCGGCCAUCAGCGGGGGCCCAGACUCCAGCCUUUUGGUAAAGGCAUCUUCUAACUACUCCAAAUCUCUGGAUCUGGGGGGAUCACCCCCCUCUACCCCCCUGGCCAUCACCAGGAUGGGCUCCCAGAGCUCCCACUCCGAGCCUUCCAGCGGCAGCAAUAAGGGCUACAGCCACCUGGAGGAGGCAGGCACCUCCUUGGAGUCAGUUGCCAACACCCCAGCCAGUAAAAUCCAGGACUGUGAGGAGAAACCAGUCGAGAAGACUGACCCCCUCAAGGCUACCAGCAGAGAACAAACAGGGGAGCAACCUCAACAAACUCAAAAACAAUACACAAAUAAAGAGAAACUCUUUAUGAUUUCUAGGUCGCACACUGCGUUAGAGCUGGAGGAUGGGGAACUGGAGAGCACUGGCAUCUAAACAAAACAGAGAAGGCUUGAGGACACCUUGCGAUUUUCCACACCUUCCCCUCCCAUCUUCUUGUGGACUUAGGAAACCAAUCAAUAUCCAAAGAGCUGCAGUAUGUUAUCCUUAAAAAUUGAUUUCAAUAAAUCCUGUAGUUGACUUCAGGAGGACAAAAGAAAAUCCUUUCAGUCCGAUCGUGAUUGUAUGUUCCAUGCAAGCCAAAUUGUAUUAAAUAUCCAGUCUAAUAAGUUCUUCGGAUCAGUUUAAUACAAUUUUGGACAGUAUAAUUGUGCACUUUACUGUUUUGAUUUCCAAGUGCCCCUUCUUCUCCUCUAAUUUCUUUCUUGCUGAUAUGCCACUAACUGCUUGAAAACUGCAGGCACCUUUUUAAGCUCCAGAGCAAUGUGGUCUUCAGUUCAGGAAAGCUGAGCUCUCUCUUUGUUUUGGUUCAAUCACUCUAAAAAGUUUGCAAGGCCUUAAGGAUGAUGUACCUUGACAAAGAAUGAGUUUGUUUGUUUAAAUUCUGGAAAAAUGACAAUUUGGAAGAGACUGGAGCUGAACAGAGCUCUGAUAAUUUAGUUAAAACCAUAACAUUCCUGAAUCCAAAAUACCUAUUACCACAUGAUACUUUAUUAAGUAUUAUUACGUAUGUAUUGACUAAUAGCAUUAACAGAUUUUUUUUUUUAAUAAAAUAUUACAAACAGAA